AUGAACGUCCAAGAAACCAUAUAUGAAAGAAUUUUCAAAUCUUUGAAUCCUACACUUCUUGAAGUUGUAGAUGUUAGUAAUUGCAACUGUGGAUACAUGUUUAAUAUUAUUAUUGUUUCGGACUGUUUUUCUGGUAAACGAAUCUUGGAAAGGCAGAGAUUAGUCAACGAAGCUAUAGGCGAAAUUUAUAAUGAAAUUCAUUCAGUUACUAUGAAGUGCUAUACUUGUGAAGAGUACUCUAAAUCUCAGAACUCAACCUGA